CCUCCCUAUUCUAUUUCUAGGUAAACCCUGGAUUAGAGAUGAAAGAGGUGAGAGAUGGUGUUCUAACUUUUCAAGAGGAUAAAUUAAACUCUGCAACUAUUGCAGUUAUUGGAGCCAGCUCAACUGUUGGCAGCAUUGUUGUCAGCAUGCUAGCAGCAAGAGGAUUCAAUGUUGUUGGAGUAUGUUCUGCUGGAAAUGGCGAAGCUGUCCUCAGGAAUGGAGCAGUGGGUGUAUUGGAUAGGAAUAAGGGAGGUUUGAAACUAAAAGGAGAAAUGAAGUUAGAUAUUGUUAUCGAUGCUGUGGGAGGGCAGGUGGCAGAGGAUUCAGGCAGAGAAGCUUUAGAAGGAUCUGGUCAUUUUAUAACUGUUGUUGGACCGACUGAAUUUGGAGAAGGAACGGACGGAGGUAUGAAGAAUAUUGGGAACGGGAUGAGUAUAACCUCUAGAAAGAUGAAAUCAAUGUUCUCCUCUGUUAAAUACUCUCUAGCAUCUAUGCCAUUGUAUGUAAGAGAUAUUUUGGAAAAGCUAGUUGAGGAAGGGGUGUCUGUAAUACUAGACUCAGAGGUGGAAUUAUUGAAUGAAGAGGCUGUAAAAACUGCUAUUGAUAAAGUCAGAUUGCACAAGACACGUGGCCGAUUAGUUCUCGUCAACAACUAGUUUUUAUUUCUAAAUAAAUCAAAGUUUAAAAAUUAUAGUUCAGAAAAGUUUUCUUCUAUGAUCCUGCUCUAAAUGUUUUGUUUUUUUUUCAUCAAGAAAUAUUAAUUUGAACGAAAUCAGAAAUUCUACAAUCUAGAUGUUCUAAUUGAGCAAAUAUAUUGCGUUUAUAUUUGUGAGUAAAUAAAAAAAAAUGUAAAAAUAUAUUUUGACAUUUACAUUUUUGGUCUCUACUUGCAUAUAUCAUGUACAAAUGAAUUACACUUUUUGACCGUGUUUUCUUGAAAAUAUAUUUCCCUGUUUAAUAUA